AUGAGACUGACGCCAAUACAACGAUAUGCUUCAAUCCCACUCAAGAAGCCACAAAUCACAGGCGCAGGCCCAUUCGCAGCCCGCCCGCAAUUCCACGCAAUAGGCCAUCCAUCAACCCUUCUUUCCAUAUCAUUCCCGCAAACAUCGAGCAUCUAUAUCUCCAAGAGCUCCAUUCUCGCAUCAAAUGUCAAACUUGACAGCAUCCACUCAGACUCUAAGUUGUUGCACGGUCGCGUUUACCACUGUUUGCAGUCGACCGAGGCGGCCAAUGUCCUUGUUCAUGGACAACACCAAUAUCGCGUCUUGGACGCAAGUCACGAGUGGACUGUAUUUGGUGGAAUUGUUGGAUGGACGGGCUCUAACUUGAGCUUUAAGUCGGGAACAGUAGCUAGUCAACAAUCAGUUGCAAUUUCAGGUCGCGGGGCAGUUGUACUUGAUUCUGCAUCUGAAAUUCUCAAUUUGCAAGUGGAGGCCAAUGACGAAGUAAUGAUCAACCAGGAUGCAUUAGUAGCGAUAAACACGAAAGCAAUGGCAAGGCUUCGUCCAGAUGAGUUGAACACUGGUGCUUACAAACUACACCGAUUGGAAAUCCCGCAUUUCGAUUGGCCCGACUGGAUAGUUAAUUACACCAAGAAAAUCGGUGCCACAAGGGACCAAGUAUUGGCAACAUUGAAUCCACGUCACUUAUUGGCUCCCGUAGUCCCAUAUUGGGUCCCUGUGCAGAAGCGGUUGGGUAGAUUUUGGCAUUGGAUGUAUAACAAGAUCCGCAGAAGUGGGGGGCGUCCAAAGUACUUGAAAAUCACCGGUCCUGCAACUGUAUUGAUUGAUAAUCAUAUUGGCAAAUAA